AUGGGUGCUCGAUUUUCGAAGCAGUCAUCAAAACCAAAUCCUUAUGCUGCUGCCAGAUUUACGGCUCAUCAGGAAGACAAUCAUUUGCAGAACGAUAAUUGCAGUAAUGAGAUUUCGGUGGCCCCAACAGCCGUAACUCAGUCGAUUGAGAAUCCGAUAGCAUCCACGGUUGAUGAGUUCUAUGAUGGGAUACCUCAGUACCAGAGAAGUUGGUACCAGAAAUCCAGAUCAUUUAGGGCCACUAAGGUUUUAGAAGUGAGUGCUCGUCUAACCAGAGCCGGCAGUGCUGGACUUGGAAAGGCAGCAGGCGUUUUGGACACACUUGGGAUCAGUGUGGGUGGAUUUAUUCCCCGAACAACAGCCAAAAGCAGUGAACUUUCCAUUUUAUCGUUUGAGGUUGCCAAUACAAUUGUUAAAGGAUCUAAUCUUAUGGAGUCGCUUUCAGACAAAAGCAUACGGAGACUGAAAGAAGUGGUGUUUCCUGCUGAGGGUGUUCAAAAGUUGAUAUCUAAUGACAUGGAUGAACUUUUAAGAAUAGUGGCAUCUGACAAACGAGAAGAAUUGAAAGUUUUCUCAGACGAAGUUGUACGCUUUGGGAAUCGAUGUAAAGAUCCUCAGUGGCAUGACUUGGACCGCUUCUUCGAGAAACGUAACAGAGAUCGAACACCUCAAAAGCAGUUGAGGGAAACAGCAGAAUCACUUAUGCUGCAACUGAUUACAUCAGUUCAUCUAACAGCUGAGCUAUACCGGGAGCUGCAUGCACUGGACAGAUUUGAGCAAGACUAUCAGCUUAAGCGCCUGGAGGAACUUAGAUAUAAUGCUUCUCAAAGAGGAGACCGCGACAACAGCCUGAACAAAUUGGCAGCCGAAUUGAAAAACCAGAGGAAGUUAGUUAAAAACCUUCAGAAGAAAUCGCUGUGGUCCAGAAGUAUGGAAGAGGUAGAUUCUCUUUGCUCCUUUUCUCUUGAAUGCAGUCUGUUGAGUACAAUAUUAGGCGAAACACAAGAAGCAACUAUCAGCAAUCAGCAUAGGUUGGGACCUGCUGGGCUCGAUUUGCAUUAUGCUAAUAUCAUUCUCCAGAUUGACUCGAUAGUAGCUCGUUCAGGUAACGUGUCAUCAAACACCCGAGACACUUUGUACCAAAGCUUGCCACCUAACAUCAAAGAUUCUCUACGAACCAAAGUGCGGUCUUUCCAUGUCGACAAGGAGCUCACAGUAACAGAAAUCCAAGAUGAGAUGGAAAAAACAUUGCAUUGGCUUGUUCGGGUUGCUACAAAUACGGCUAAAGCUCAUCAUGGCUUUGGUUGGGUUGGAGAGUGGGCUGGCUCGGGGUCCAACCUGAACCGCAGGACAGUCGAGACUUCGGACAUCAUGCGAAUCGAGACACUCCACCAUGCAGGCAAGCAAAAGACAGAAGCUUAUAUUAUUGAUUUACUGUUGUGGCUUAACUAUUUGGCUGGCGCGAAUGUGGAAGGCCACGGCGGAAUGCCACUAGCUCCAGAAACAGACACUCGACGAGGCCAAGAUCCUUCUCGCGGGGACUCACUCAGGCCCAAGGAAGGAGUACAAAACGGUCGUCUCCCCGUCCGGUCAGCAAAGGCUGGCCAGUCGACCGCCAGCCUGGAGGCAGAGCUUCGAAACAGGCGAGCGUGCUUUGAGUCGUGGGUCGUAGCCCAGGGAUCGUACGCGCAGGCUCAUGAGGUGCCUCGGCAGAAAUGGGGUCCGUAG